AUGGCAGGGAGACGCUUCAGCCUGAUCAGGCUGUUCCGGAGGAAGAAAGAGGAGGAAAGCCCUGGGGCUGCUCCAGCACAGCAGCCUGAAGAAGUGCAGCAGGUGCAGCCCCCGCAGGAGGAUGCAGGCCAGGAGCGGACAGAAGAGCAGCUCCGUGCCCGUGGCCGCUUCCGCAGGGCAGCACAGCUGGUUUGCAGAUUCAUCAGGUGCAUUUGGCAUGAAGAGGCCACUUUCAUGGCCACUGGGGCCACGGCAAACUCGGACCUCUUCAAUGCCCAGACCAGCGCUGCCCUGCUGGAUUUGCUUGUGGAGAACGGUGUCUACAAAGCAAAGCAAGUAAGCAGCCUGUGGCCAGGGCUCCAGUCCCCCAGGGAUGCUGUGGUGCCGGCCACAGUCAGGUGCAUCCACCAGUGGCUCAUGUCCAAUGUGUCUGAUGAGCACAGGCUGGACAACACUCUGGUCCUGCUGACCAAGGCACACCCCACAGAUGUUGCAGUGACCCUGCUGCGCUCUGCCCCAGCCUGUGACAGAGCUGCUCGCACCAUGUGGAAGACGCUCAUCUCCUCCAGAUGGACUAAGGAGCCGGUGCUGCAGAUCCUCUUCCCUGUGCUGGAAUACUGGCCAGCGCACAGGAGACGCACCUCUGAUGGGGAUGAGAGGGAUGUCUUUGCCCUGGCUGCAACUGUGGCACUCUGGGAGAUCCUCCAGCUGUCCCACUCCUGGUGCCCAGGGGGAGUGAAGGACAAUUUCCCGCGCCUCCUUCUGACUCUGCUCUUCCAAGUUUUCAUCAGCACAGAGGAGAUGUCAGAGGAGGUCGAGACCUUCUGGAGGCGAUGCCAGGAGCAGCGCAGCCUUCCCCCCAACCCCAACAGGUUUGCAGUGCAGACCGUUAAAGCCCUGCUGCGCCAGCUGCUGGAUGAGGACGUGUUGAUGGCGAUCGGUCGCAAGUGUGGCUGGGACAUGCUCCUCAAGGCUGACAGCCACCACUAUGCAGUGGGUCUGCUGGCCAGGGAGCUGUGCCGUGUCUCCCGCUCCUUCGGUCGCCGCAUCGCCGUCAGCCUGCUCCCGCGGCUCAGCAGGGGAGAGCCCCUGUGGGAACUGCCUGCCCUGGCGUUCCUGGUGGAGGUCCUGCACUGCCUGAACCCCAGACAAUAUGGGCCCAGCGUCCUGCAGAUUAUUUCCAGGCACCUGCGCAGUCAGUGCCCGGAGAGGCGUCGCCUGGCGCUCCGAGGCCUGGUGGUGCUCAGCAGGGAUCCUGCAAUGGCUAAGAGCAUGCGGAGCCUGAGUGAAAGCCUCCUGGAGCUACUGCAGGAUGCAGACACGGACGCAGUUCAGAUGACCCUCUCCGCGUUCAUCAACAUUCUGCGCUUCCAAAUUGUCAAAAUAUCCAGCCCAAUAGCCCUGAAGUUGCUUGAGGCGCUGCGGCCACUCUUUGACAACAUAAGGCUCUGUGCCCCUCAUCAUGGGCACUGA